AUGGCGCCAGCACGUCGAAUCCAAGAUGGCAAGAUCAUUGCGGAAAGGCGGCCCGCCUCCCAUCAAUGCUACUCAUGCUUCCGGGUCAUGGUGUGCCACAACGGAGAGAUCAAGGUCAAGGAGGGCAACAAGCCCACCAUGACAUAUACGGAGGCAUGGUUUAGAGAUGAGAAGGAGGACUUCUACAUGGCUGCCAAGAACUGGUGUGAUGGCAAUGGGGCCUCUCUCAUUGGGGUCCUCUCCACCAUCCUCCAGCCCUAUUGCGGGUGGAGCAACAAGGAGAAGAGGCACAAGAUUUACAAGAGGCUGGCCUACUACGCCGGCUACAAAGAGAGGACCAAGCUGCCUCUUGACCUUGAGAGAGCCAUCAAGGAGGAGUUCCCCGAGGAGGAGGAAGCUAACUACACCGGCUUCCGUCCUCGGGCGUAA